GCUUGAUUCUCAUUCGACUGCAGCAUGCGUUACGCCGUCCUCGUUACCGGACCAGCCGGAGCGGGCAAGUCCACCUUCUGCAACGGCCUCAUGACCCAUCUCCAAACCGCAAAACGCUCUGGUCAUCUUGUGAACUUGGACCCUGCAGCAAACACCGGGGCGUUCGAAUACGAGCCCUCAAUUGAUAUCCGAGACCUCAUAAGUCUCGACGACGUCAUGGAGCACCUCGGGUACGGGCCGAAUGGUGGCUUGGUGUAUUGUUUCGAGUAUCUCUUGCAGAACAUGGACUGGCUUGACGAAGAGCUCGGAGGGUUCGAGGAUGAAUACCUGAUUAUUGAUUGUCCAGGUCAGAUUGAACUAUACACACACCAUCCAUUCCUGCCUACUCUUGUACGACAUCUGCAAAGACUGGGCAUCCGGACAUGUGCGACCUACUUGAUUGAAUCGCAAUUCAUGGAAGACAAAUACAAGUUCUUCAGCGGGGUUCUCAGCGCGAUGUCUGCAAUGGUCAACUUGGAGGUUUCUUGGGUAAAUAUCAUGUCGAAGAUGGAUCUCGUUACCAGUAAUUCCGAAGACAGAGGAAGUGGCCGCAACGGCAUUCGGGCGAAGAAGGACAUCGCCAGAUACCUCGAACCGGAUCCUAUGUUGCUCAUCUCGGCGCCCGGUAGCCGUGAUGAACGGACGGAGCGGGACUCAAAAUUCCAUUCGCUCAACCAGGCGAUUGUCCAGUUGAUCGAGGACCAUCCGCUAGUCAAGUUUCUGCCGCUCGACCUCACAAACCCCGACUCGAUCGAGACCGUGCUGAGCCACAUCGACUUCGUAAUGCAGUACGGAGAAGACGAGGAGCCCAAGGAGCCCGCGGACUUGGACGAGGGCGACUUCGCAGACUUGGAGUAGUUUGUGGGCGCAGCCGCACGUCCUGGGAGCGGGCAGCCUGCAGCCUGCAUUCUCAUGAUUGCGACCGCUCCUCGUGUACCCAUAUCUCGCGGUCUUCGUCCGCGCCUAUAGCCUCGAUCUUCGCCGCCCAAACGGAUGCUAUACUCGCCUGCCGAACCCACCGCUGUAUCAUAUCCAGUCAUUCGCCUUUCCCACGGGCGUCUAUCCACACUGUAGCC